CUAAUUGUCCAUCAGAUCAUCUGGAUAGCUCGGUUGUGCAACAACAUCAUCAUAUAUACAGUAUAUUUAAGGUAUUGACUCAGAGGACUAACUCUCGUGUACCGUGUUAUUACACAGCAAUAUUUGAGGUGGCGCGCCUGUCGCCCGUGUGUUUGCUGAUCGGAAGCUUAUGCACAGAGAUGGCAAGAGAACCGUAGCAGACUGCGGGGCCUGUACGGUUGGGCAUUUUACUGACAACCGUAACGAUAGACAACCGCAGAGCAACCGAGAGUAGGAAAGGAGUGGAACAACGGACGAGAGGCAUCAUGGGACACGGAGUGGGCUGAACCAGAGGGUCUAGCAGCACACACCAAUUGGUUUUGAAGGUUUCCCACUGUGGUGUAUGACAUGGCCACGGCCUCAUCUAGAGCAGAGUCUAGCCAUAACCACAGAGGAACAUCACAGCUCCAUGCCAUUGUUUCCUGUGCCAAAAUCAAGAGGAAGAAGAGCCUGUUUGGGACUGCCAUUUAUGUGGAGGUGACAGCGGAGGGGGAGUCGCACCGCACUGCAAAGUCUCACAGCUCCUCCAGUCCUAAAUGGGAUGAGAGGCUCACUCUGAAUGUAACACCGCACACACAGGUGGAUUUCAAAGUAUGGAGUCACCACACCUUGAAGGCAGACGCUCUGCUGGGCAAAGCCACACUAGACCUAAUUCAAGCCUUGGAGCAGCAUGGCAGAAAAUUGGAGAAUGUCAAGGAGGUGCUGAAACUGAGCGUGGAGCAGAAGGGAGCUCUGGUUCACACGGGGGAGCUAACGGUCUACCUGGAUGGCCUGACUGUCACUGACCAGGAGGAACUGACACCGCUCGCCAACGGCAGUGCAGCAAACGGCACAAAAGUCCAACAGAAUGGCGAUGCUAUUCAUGAAAAUGGAGACUCCUCUUCCUCUUCCUCAAGGGCUGCCAACAGCUCAGUGAAUGGUAUAGAUUCGGGCCCGAGAUCAGGGUCCUGUUCGGCCUCCAAUGGUCUGGACGGUCAGGUGCCUUCCAGCUCCUGCAGCCCUGCCCUUAGCCAUGUCGUCAAUGGAGAGUCCACACCCAACUCCACCCCAGUCCACCAACCCUCAGACAGUGACACAGAGAGUAAGACGGUCAAUGGGUCCUGUGAUGCCGCUCUGGUGUCAUCGUCUGCGACAUCAGGUGAUGUGCUGCCCCCUGAAGAUGACCAGGAGGACUGCAAUAAAGAUUCCUCCGUACCAGACUCUGACACAACACCAAAUAGCACAUCUCAACCCCUGCCAGUCUCCACACAGGCUCCAGCCUCCUCUUCUGCUGCUAAGCCUACUGAUGGCGUUGCUGCUGCUGCUUCCUCCACAUGCACCUCUACAGCACAGGGGGCCACCACCAUCACAACCUCCUCCUCAUCAUCCUCUUCCUCCCCAGCACUAGGAGAAGCAAAUGCCUCAGCUGGUGCUAGUGCGGGUAGCAGUAGUAGCAGUGCAACUGUAACUACAGAUGGGGCCAAGCCCAGGCAGCAGGCCCCCAAUGCUGGAGCCCCCGAUCCUCUACCACCAGGUUGGGAGCAGAGAAAAGACCCACAUGGGAGAACGUACUAUGUAGACCACAAUACCAGGACUACUACCUGGGAAAGACCACAGCCACUACCACCAGGUUGGGAGCGCCGAGUGGAUGACCGGGGCAGGAUCUACUAUGUGGACCACAACACCCGCACCACCACGUGGCAGCGUCCCACCAUGGAAUCAGUCCGCAAUUUUGAGCAGUGGCAGAGCCAGCGCAGCCAGCUGCAGGGAGCUAUGCACCAGUUUAACCAGAGAUACCUCUACUCUGCAUCCAUGAUGUCUGCUGAGAAUGAUCCUCUAGGCCCACUACCUCCUGGUUGGGAGAGGCGUGUGGACUCCAAUGACCGAGUGUACUUUGUCAACCAUAACACCAAGACAACACAGUGGGAAGACCCUCGAACCCAAGGGCUACAGAAUGAGGAUCCUCUGCCUGAGGGUUGGGAGAUCCGGUACACAAGGGAAGGAGUUCGCUACUUCGUGGAUCACAACACCCGUACCACCACUUUCAGUGACCCCCGCACUGGAAAGUCCUCCGUCACAAAGGGCCCUCAGAUUGCUUAUGAGCGCAGCUUUCGAUGGAAGCUUGCCCAUUUUCGCUACUUGUGCCAGUCCAAUGCUCUCCCUAGUCAUGUGAAGAUCACGGUCUCCAGACAGACGUUGUUCGAAGACUCCUUCCAGCAAAUUAUGGCCCUGAAGCCUUACGAUUUAAGGAGGAGACUCUAUGUCAUCUUCAGAGGCGAGGAGGGCCUAGACUACGGCGGCUUAGCUCGAGAGUGGUUCUUCUUGUUGUCCCAUGAAGUGCUGAACCCCAUGUACUGCCUGUUUGAGUAUGCUGGCAAGAGCAACUACUGCCUGCAGAUCAACCCGGCCUCGGCCAUCAACCCAGACCACCUCUCCUACUUCUGCUUCAUAGGCCGCUUCAUCGCAAUGGCACUUUUCCAUGGCAAGUUCAUCGACACUGGCUUUUCUCUGCCUUUCUAUAAACGCAUGCUGAACAAGAAGCUGAUACUCAAAGACCUGGAGUCCAUCGACCCAGAGUUCUACAACUCACUAAUAUGGAUCAGGGACAACAACAUUGAAGAGUGUGGUCUGGAGAUGUACUUCUCAGUGGACAUGGAGAUUCUUGGGAAGAUCACUUCUCAUGACCUCAAACCUGAUGGUGCCAAUGUUCUAGUUACUGAGGAAAACAAGGAGGAGUAUAUCAGUCUAAUGGCAGAGUGGAGAUUCUCCCGUGGGGUAGAAGGUCAGACCAAAGCUUUCCUGGAUGGUUUUAAUGAGGUGGUUCCACUUCAGUGGCUCCAGUAUUUUGAUGAAAAGGAACUUGAGGUGAUGCUGUGUGGCAUGCAGGAGGUAGACCUGCAGGACUGGCAGAGGAACACAGUGUAUCGACACUACACAAGGAACAGCAAACAGAUUAUCUGGUUCUGGCAGCUGGUGAAAGAAGUGGACAACGAAGUGCGACUGCGGCUCAUGCAGUUCGUCACUGGAACCUGCAGGCUUCCUCUGGGCGGCUUCGCUGAACUCAUGGGAAGUAAUGGGCCCCAGAAGUUCUGCAUCGAGAAAGUGGGGAAGGACACUUGGCUUCCUCGGAGCCACACGUGUUUUAACCGUCUAGAUUUGCCUCCUUACAAGAGUUUUGAACAGCUGAAAGAGAAGCUGCUCUUUGCCAUCGAGGAAACCGAAGGAUUUGGCCAAGAAUAGAGGGAGGAGUCUUCUUGUGUUUUCUCCCUCCCCAUAGCUGUUUAAUCAGCCAAGUUAAACAAACAAAAAAAAAUUGCACAAAAUAACCACCAAUGUAUAUAAGCUAUUUUGUCAUUUAAAACCAAAUCUUAAUUUGCAGCAUCAUUAUUGCCGCAAUCCUAUUCCCCAGCCCUUAAAUACUAUAAGAUACCCCAUCAUGAAAUAUGCAAGCAUUUCAGCAUUUUUGCUCCUCUGUUUAAAAACAGAAAUCAUGGAUAUUUUUUUAAUUUCCUCCCCACUGCUGACUGGCUUUUUAAAAGAGACUAGAAGUGUUUUUGUGAGGAUUUUACAAAUGAAGCGCAAUCUGCUUUUAAAGCUCUAGUUCUAUAGAGCUUCAAAAAGGUAAGAGUAGUAUUGGGGUCUGGUGCCUGAUUUUUUUUUUUCUUUUGUUUUGUUUUUUUCCCUUCCCCGUUGGACUCAUAGUAAUUAUUGCAAUGCUUGUGUGCUUGCAUGGCUGCCUCUGAAGAUGAGAAGACUGCUGUGACCAGCCUCUACCACCACACAUGCAUCAACAUUUUACCAUGUUUGUCUCUUCUUGAGCUUUUUUUUUUUUUUUUUUUUUUUUUAAACCAUUAUCAUCAAAAAGGAAAAGUGUUCAGGAUGGACUGAUCUGAAGCAGAUGAAGAAUAAACCUCAGUUUUUCCCACAUUGACAUUCUGGACACCAGAAGAAUAAAGGCACAAGUCUGUAUGAACGAGACUAUCAUGAAGGUGGUGGGCAAAGUCUACUAUAUCAAAAUUAAUAAGGGGACUCCAGGAAAAUAUUUUAAAUUGAAGUAAGAAAGUGAAUCUGUGCUUCAUUUUUCUGAUGUUUAAGCCAGAGACCCUGGACCUGUUCCAGGCCACCUAGACUGCUUCAGAUGGCAAUAAGAUACACACCAGGAUAUCAUAUGCACAGUUUUCAUUUAAAGAUCGAAAUGCUUGGAAAAUUGUCAC